AUGGGACAACAAACGUCUAGGAAGAGUGGUGAGUGUAGCUGUGGUUGUGGUGCGUGGGAGCGUCGCCGUUACGUGGAGUCACCAAGCAGCGUACACCGUUAUGUUAGCGCUGUAACUGAGAGAUGGAGUGGUCGACAGUGUGCGUGUCGGCGUCGUCGCUGGCGUCGAGCGCCGUGUGUGUGCACGGCCUAUAGGAGGGUCAGCGAUGCCUGUAAUGAUGAUAGAUUGGCUGCAGUACUGACUUUGGGCGCGAGGGACCUUCGACGCGAGUUGGACGCCAUUAAUAUAAAUAUUAUUAAUACAGAAAGCGAAGCGAGCAAUGAGAAUGGAGAACCAACUGCUGAAGUCUACGUGUUGUCAGUCACUCCGAGAAGUAACGAAGAGGUCCCACAAGAAGGUCGCCCUAAUGAGUUGGCCCAAAGUGCGGACGGGUCCAUACGACGCUUCCAAGUUGUCUGCGGUGGCGAGUUGCGUGCGCUGCUGCUUCGUGCGCCUGGUCUUCAGACGCUCCCCAAGCCCUACACCACUAAGGUGCACACGCAGGUGGAUUACAAGCAUUGCCUAGUUCCCGACUUACAAGAGAUAACGGCCUGCUCCUUCUACUGGGGCAAGAUGGACCGCUACGAGGCUGAGCGGCUCUUGGACAAUAAGCCUGAAGGCACGUUCCUGCUCCGCGACUCGGCCCAAGAGGAGCACCUGUUCUCCGUCUCUUUUCGAAAGUACGGGCGGUCUCUUCACGCGCGCAUCGAGCACUACCGCCACCGCUUCAGCUUCGACUGCCACGACCCGGCCGUCUUCGCCGCGCCCACGGUCACCGGCCUCAUCGAACACUACAAGGACCCCGCGUGCGUGAUGUUCUUCGAGCCGAUGCUGACUGCUCCCCUUCCCCGGAGUAACCCCUUCACGCUGCAGCAGCUGGCCAGAGCCGUCAUCGUGUCCCACACCAAUUACGACGGUGUAGAGCAGCUGCCACUUCCAGGUCGUCUCCGAGCCUACCUCAAGGAGUACCACUAUCGUCAAAGGGUGCGCGUGAGACGACUAGAGACGGAUCUAUAUCUGACACACUGA